UUGCCCGGCCGGACCAUGCCGCAGCUGAGCGGGGGAGGGGGGGACGAUCUCGGGGCCACCGAUGAGAUGAUCGCCUUCAAGGACGAGGGGGAGCAGGAGGACAAGAGCCCGGAGAACUCCUCGGCCGGGGGGGACCUGGCGGACGUCAAAUCCUCGCUGGUCAACGAGACCGAGAGCAACCGGGACAGCGGCUCAGACAACGAGGUGGAGAGACGGCCUGCACCCCGACCCGAGACCUUCCGAGACAAGAGCCGAGACAUCUUAGAGGAAGCUGCGAAGAGGCAAGAUGGAGGCCUGUUUAAAAACCCCACUUACCCUGGAUAUCCCUUCAUCAUGAUCCCGGAUCUGACCAGCCCGUACCUUCCCAAUGGAUCCCUUUCCCCCACCGCCCGUACGUGCGUGAAUGUACCACUAGACCUUCAUUUAGCUUCUUGCUGCAGUCCUUUGAUGCAGUACCUUCAGAUGAAAUGGCCCCUGAUCGAUAUGCAAGCAGGCAGCCUGCAGAGCCGACAAGCAAUGAAGGACGCGAGGUCUCCAUCUCCCGGACACGUCGUCUCUAACAAAGUGCCCGUGGUUCAGCACCCUCACCAUGUCCACCCGCUCACGCCGCUCAUCACUUACAGCAACGAGCACUUUACCCCUGGGAACCCUCCCCCGCACUUACAGGCAGACGUGGACCCCAAAACAGGAAUCCCACGGCCCCCUCACCCUCCGGAUAUAUCGCCCUAUUACCCUUUAUCGCCGGGCACCGUAGGACAGAUACCCCAUCCGCUAGGAUGGUUAGUACCACAGCAGGGCCAGCCAGUUUACCCAAUUACAACAGGGGGCUUCCGGCACCCCUACCCGACAGCUCUUACAGUUAACGCUUCCAUGUCAAGCUUUCUCUCCAGCAGAUUCCCUCCACACAUGGUGCCGCCCCAUCAUAGUUUACACACAACUGGAAUCCCCCACCCCGCCAUAGUGACCCCGACAGUCAAACAGGAAUCUUCCCAAAGCGACGUGGGAUCCCUCCACAGCUCAAAACAUCAGGAUUCAAAAAAAGAUGAAGAGAAGAAAAAACCGCACAUAAAGAAACCUCUAAACGCUUUUAUGUUGUAUAUGAAGGAAAUGAGAGCCAAGGUUGUAGCAGAAUGCACGUUAAAAGAAAGCGCGGCCAUAAAUCAGAUACUCGGGCGAAGGUGGCAUGCGCUGUCCAGAGAAGAGCAAGCGAAAUAUUACGAGCUCGCGCGGAAGGAGCGACAGCUGCACAUGCAGCUUUACCCAGGCUGGUCCGCACGGGAUAACUAUGUAGGUUCCUAUGGUAAAAAAAAGAAGAGGAAAAGAGACAAGCAGCCAGGCGAGAGCAAUGAACACAGCGAAUGUUACCUAAAUCCUUGCCUUUCACUUCCUCCGAUUACAGACCUGAGCGCUCCUAAGAAAUGCAGAGCUCGCUUUGGCCUUGAUCAGCAGAAUAAUUGGUGCGGCCCCUGCAGGAGAAAAAAAAAGUGCAUUCGUUACAUACAAGGUGAAGGCAGCUGCGUCAGCCCGCCCUCUUCCGACGGAAGCCUACUAGACUCCUCCCCUUCCUCUCCCGCCAUGUUGGACUCCCCCACAAGAGACUCCAAACUACAGACUGAACAAACGCAACCUCUCUCCUUAACCCUGAAACCCGACCCUCUGGCGCGGCUCUGCGUGCCGCCGUCGCCUCUGACCGAGAGCCCGUCUCGAAAACCCAGCGCCCCGCCGGCUGCCAUCUGUCAGAACGGCUCCGACCACAAUCACCGACCCAGCCCGCUGCACUCUCCGCCGCUCUGUUCCCUUUCGCUAACCCAGCCGUCGACGUCCUUCCUAGCGUCUCACCGGUCCUUGGCCGCGACGCAACAACUUCAGCCUCUCUCGCUCGUCACCAAGUCGUUAGAAUAGUAUGAGCCGAACACUUGGCGCUUUCUCCUUUUUAAUAUUGGUUCACAUUUUUGUUUUUUUUUUCUCUCUUAAUUUUUUUUUUUUUAUUAUUAUUAUUAUUUGUGCCAAAUGGCUACGUUAGUAGAUUUUUAUGAAAUUCAUUGGUCAAUAUUUGACCUUUUUUUUUUUUUUUUUUUCUCCUCCGCUUUUACCGACCGAAGCGCUCGGACCACCGCAGGCCUCGCGGCCCCCCUCAAUCUCUUUAAAUUAUCGUCGGCUGCGAGCAUCGGAAGAAAAGGAGCAAAAUUAUGUCUGUCUAUGGAAAAAAAAAAAAAACAUUACUACGUAACUUCUGAAAAGACUUUUUAAGGAAUAAGAAAAUUAUUUAAGAAAAAAUGUAAACAAAACAAGCAAUUUUGAAGCAGCCCUUGCAGAAAGUGUUGGUUCUUUUUUAUUUGUAUUACAUACGAGCUUGCGAACCAAUAAUUUUACGCCCGGUUUUCCAAAUUUGGGGCACAACGAAAGCCGUGCUCAAAAAAAAAAAACCCUAUUUAAUUGUAAUUCUCGUCGAUCUUGUCGAAAACGUACAGAAAACAAGGUUAAAAAUGAACAAAUGUGUUAAUGUCCCUUGUUCCAUGGUGGUGGUCAUUUAAGGGUAAAAGGGGGUGCUAGGUGGAAAAUUUGGGAGGGGGGGUAGAAGGGGGGUUUGGGGGGGUUUUACUAUCUCAGCCUUUGGACCAGUAGUAUUUAUUGCUUAGAAAUUGCUUAUGUCUUCUGUACCCCCUUUUUUUGUUCAAAAUAAGUCUGUUUCCCAUUUUGUGAACAUUUGUAAAUUUUUUUUUUAUGUUUUUUUUGUUAGCGUAUGCAUCGUAUAUAUAUAUAUAUCAUUUGUACAAGGUUUUUAAGUUUAUAUAAAAAAAAUUCUAUAUAUUUUUUUUUUUAUUUUAUUUUGCCGUACGAAAAACCCGAUUGCCACCAAAACGGACGUUUGUAGCUGCAUUUAAGGAUCAAUAUUGUACAAAAAAAACCACAAUUGCUUUAAAAGCCAUUUUAAGAAGACUUGAAAUUAACAAGGGAAACAGAACUCUUGCUGUCGGACGGACAGCGCCUUGUAAAUUUACUUAAAAAAAAAAAAAAGGAACCGUCUCCACCAAUAGGAGCGCACGCUCUUCCCGCUGAUGUGCCAAACACCCGCUGACUCCUAUGCCCCUCCCCCGCCAUGUUUUUUGACGCUGUUAUUUUAAGUUCCUCAUGUUGUGAUGUUACAUAGGUAGGUACGUGUGUAUUUUUAUUGUCAUCCGUAAACAGGUGUAUUUGAUAAGAGGUUGACUGGGUAGCGUUUAAAGACACUGAGAUGCAAAGAAAAAAAUAAUAAUAAUUUAAUACCCCCCCCAUGGGCCAGACUUCUGUACAUUAGAUAACUUUAAAGAAAAAAAAAUGGCCACUUUUAUGUACAUUUGCUACAUAUAGGUAGGUAGCAAACUUAAUAAAAAAAACAUAAAAAUAGGCAUGUUGAUGUUGCAAAAAAAAAAAAAAAAAACUUAAAACAUUUCAUCUGUUCAUUGAGUGCCAUUGUAUUUGACAUGAAGCAAUCGUAAAACUGUCUCUGGUUUGACUCCGGUUUAUUAAGAUGCUUAAAAAAAAAAAAUAAUAAUAAAAAAAAAACAAAGAAAGAAAAAAAAACUAAAAAAAAAUAUUACAUUUUUUUGUGAAUACUUUGAAUGUUUCCUAACAGCUGUGAUGUUACCGUUCGGUUUAAUGCUCUUAUUCCAAUUUAAUUUCAAGAUGGUUUUUAAAACCAUAGAAUUUUUUUUUUGUAAUGAAUUAAAUGUCCAUGCUGUACAGUAUCUGUAGCAUGCAGUUCUGAAUUAAUAAAAGCAACUUAGUAUGUGAA